AUGGCGAAUGAAGAGGAGAUCCAGGUGUUUAAAGGCACCACCAGCGAAGAUGUUCGCUUGGAGAACUUGGGUUAUGAGCAAGAGCUCAAGCGUUCUUUUGGGUUGCUCAGCAUGAUUGGAUUUAGUUUCAGUGUUGUGACAUCAUGGACGGCUCUAAGUGGUGUGUUCAUUGUCGGAGUUACAUCUGGUGGACCACCGGUGAUGAUUUUCAGUUUCAUUGGUGUCAGUCUUCUUACACUCGCCGUUGCCAUUCCAAUGGCGGAAAUGUGCAGCAUGCUCCCCGUUUCUGGUGGUCAAUAUUCAUGGGUUGCUGCUCUCGCGCCUCCAAAGAUCGCCCGAGGGCUGUCAUAUAUUACUGGCUGGUUCAUGCUUGUUGGUCUACUAGCAAUGGGUGCGACGAACAACUCGAUUGCAUCGAACUUUGUGCUUGGAAUGGCCAACCUGAUAUUCCCCGAUUACGUUAUUGAAAGAUGGCAGACCGUGCUCGUCGCCUAUCUUGUUGCUUUUCUCUCGGCCGCCGUCAAUCUUUGGGGAUCCCACCUGCUCCACCGCAUCUCGAAGUUCAUCCUGAUCUGGAACGUUGCUUCCUUCAUUAUUGUGACAAUUACACUUCUCGCAACGAACGACCACAAACAGUCACCCUCAUUUGUUUUCACGGAAUUUGAGAACACAACUGGUUGGGGCACAGGAAUGGCCGCUAUCAUUGGUAUCUUGCAGGCCUGCUUCGGAAUGUGCUGUUAUGAUGCGCCCUCACACAUGACGGAGGAAAUGAAAUCUGCGUCUAAGGAAGCUCCGAAGGCGAUCGUGCUCGCAGUCAUUCUUGGCGCCGUGACUGGUUUUGUCUUCCUUGUCACCCUUUGCUUUUGCAUCGGUGAUAUCACAUCUACCGCCAACAGCAGUACUGGAGUGCCUGUUAUUCAAAUCAUCUACGAUUCCACCGGAAGCAAGGCCGGGACAAUUAUAUUGUCUACUUUGAUCACUGUGAUUGUUAUAGUUGCCGGAAACAACAUCCUGGCUGAAGGAUCUCGCUCCGUGUAUGCUUUUGCCCGUGACAACGGACUUCCCUUCUCGAAGGUUUUCAGCAAGGUCAAUAGCAAGACCCAGGUACCUGUGAAUGCGGUCUUGCUCACCCUGGUGGUACAACUGGCUUUGGAUGCCAUUGAAUUCGGAACAACGACUGGAUUUGAAACAGUCAUUUCGAUCUCCACUGAGGGAUUUUAUCUAUCCUACGCCAUGGCACUUGGUAGCAGAUUACUCGGAUACUUUUCAGGGCAUGUUAUCAAGCUGGACGGCCCAUACUCAUUCUCAGUCCCCGUCUCCAUUGCAUUGAACGCGAUUGGCCUCGUGUUCCUCCUAUUCGCUUCCAUCACCUUCAACUUCCCAAGCACCUACCCGGUAAACCAUGAGUCGAUGAACUAUACUAGCGCUGCCAUUGGGGUCAUUGCUCUUCUUAGUCUCAUUACCUGGAUCACAACCGGCAAGAAGAAUUUCACUGGCCCAGGAGCUGUCAGCUUUAUGAGCGGGCAUACUACUGGCGCAGACGCAGCACAGCCCCAGGAAGUAGAAGAAAAGAAGAGUUGA